AAACCCCUCCGUCUCUGCUGCCAUUCUUACUCUCCACAACCUCAAAGCCUCACCCUCCCGAUAUGGUGAGCAAAAGGCAGAAAUUAGCUCGGAAGAGAUAGAAAGAGGAACACCUAGAACUGUUUCCAAAACCAGAGCCAAAAGACCCAAAUGAAAAGAAGAAGAAGAGCAAGUUCAAGCGAAAGAAGGCAGAAUGUAAAGAACCAAAAGACCCCAAUAAACCCAUUAAGAAAGGGAUCACAAGACACCCACUUAGAGUCCCUGGCAUGAAGCCUGAUGAGAGAUGUUUUAUAUGCAAAGCCAAGGACUAUAUCGCCAAGAAUUGCCCUCAGAAAGCUCAGUGGGAGAAGAAUAAGUUUUGUUCUGUUCCAUGAUUUUCAGUUUUGUGCACAUGUUAUGUUUUGUGGGGUCUGUAUUUCUGGCACCGUAAUAGUCAUGCAAAAGUUGGUUCUGCUUGGAACUCAAAAGUUAAUUUUUGUUAUUUCAGAAGAUGCUGAAUUUGACAAGGUAAUGAAAGUUGGGGAUUGUUGGUUUGCUUGUUUGCUUGUUGUGUGGAGAAAACUGAAAAUGGUGCUAUUGUUGUUUCUUAUGGGAUACUUGCAGAUAUGUUUGCUUUGCCGACAACGAGGGCGUAGUCUCAAGAACUGCCCUAUCAAGAAUGUGAGAAUAUGGAUAAGAAGUUGUGCUAUAGCUGCGGAGAAACUGGGCAUUCACUUGCCAAAUGUUCACAAUCUCAUCAAGACAGUACUUGGCCCUUUAGUUCAACUAAGAAUGCUUUAAUAGGAUUCUAUAAAUAUGACUACAGUUUUCUCUUGAAGAAAAUUGGUGUAAUUUGGUGCUGCAUUUGCUGUUGUCUGUUUUUCUAGUGAUUUGACGUGUCAUAAGUGUAAUGUAGUGGAUUUUGCAAGUGUAAAAUAUACUAAAAUUACCUCA